GUCAUCUAAAAUUUUGAAAUUUAAUUUAUAUAAAUUAGUGUUUUUGGCAUCCAGUAUAGCUCGUUUGCUCAACCAGUCAUGGAAUAAGUAAUUUUGAGCAACAUUUGGAAACAAUUUUUGAAUGAGUUCAGCUUUUGAUUGCGUUAACUAACAAAAACUCUAUGGAAAGAUGAUGCAGCCAGUUAGUAGAUUAAUCAUUUUGCAUCAUGACACGCAUAUUCUUGCUUAAAUGUAAUAUCUUGAGAGGUUUCAACAAAUCGGAGGACUUUAAACAUGCAUUUAGUUCAUCAGCUUGCGUUGAACGUGAAACCACUAGCAAUGUUUGGCGAAAAUCUCCCGAUAAUAAAACCAUUGCGCUACCAAAUUGGUUUUGAUUGUUCCGUAAAUGUUUUAAAAUUCUAUCUAAAGCUUCUAAAGAUUUUUUAUGAGCCAUCGUGCAUUCAUCCCACACUAUUAGUUUGUAAAACCUUUGCCAUUGCCGAAUUUUUGGAAAUGUUGCAGGUUAGAAUUUCGUUGUUUUGCAUAUUUAAUGGCAAUUUUAGAGCUGAAUGGGCUAUUCGACCGCCUUCAAGCAAAGUUGCUGCAAUGCCUGACGAAGUAAGAGCUAGAGUAAUUUCAUUUUUUGAGCGAAUAGUUGCCAAUAUUAAAGUAAUUAAAAAAGUUUUUCCUGUACCACCAGGAGCGUCCAAAAAGUAAAUUCCUUCAAUUCCAUCAUGUAUUACUUUAGAGUAUCAAAUACAUACUUU